AUGGGAAUAUUCAACGCCCUAGUCUCCGGCACCUUUCUUUCCUUCUCUCGUCGUCGCAGCAAUCGCGAAACAGACUACGAAACCGUCCUGUCUCGACUCGAAACCGAAAUCCAAACCGUACAAUCCCGUCUCACUCAAAUCCGACUUCGAGAACGACGUGCAUCAGUCACUCUAACCCUCCAAGCAUUCCUCCUUUGGGCUAUCUACACCUUUGCUUGUUGGUUUUUCGGUUUACUUUCCCUGCAACGACCUCAUCAUUUGGAUGUAGGAGGAGGAGCGGGGAAGAAGGGAUGGGCUGGAACAAGAACAUAUCUAGUUUGGACCCCAGUCCUAGGCAGUCCAGUGCUGAUUAUUUCAACAAGGAGAAUUGUUAGGUGGUGGUAUAGGAGGAUUGGAGCGGCAGAAGAGAAACAUUUGAUCGAUUUAAGAAGACAAAAGAGAGAAAAAAUCGAUGAGAUUAAGAAAGCUACCAAGUAUGAUCACCUUCGAAUGCUACUGGAUAAGUAUGAUGAAGCUUCACCUGUCAAAGCGGAGCUUUCCACACCCAUGAAAGGAAAACCUAACUCCAAAAAUGUCACUCCGACAAAGUCUCCCAACAACGCCUCUCCUCAACAACAGCAACCACAACAUCAACAGCAACAACAACAACAGAGAAUUGCAGGUUCGGCUACACCAGAAACCGCAGCAAAUCUCCAAGCACAAAAGAUGGCUUCCAUGCGUCAACAACCGCCCACAGCCUCAAUCCCCGUACUACGGAUGCAGAAAACAUGGACAGACAAACUGGCAGAUGCAAUUCUCGGUUCAGAUCCUUCUGUCGUAGGUCCCGAACAGAAAUACGCUUUGAUCUGCAAUCGUUGUUUGCGCCACAACGGACUGGCGUUGAAGGAGGAGUUUAAUGAGGUGCAGUAUGUUUGUCCUCAUUGUGGAAAUUUUAACUCUCGCCGACCAAGUUCAGCGCCCGUUAGCUCGCCUUUUAAUAACAAUACUGGUAGUAGUGUGGGCGGAGGAGUGUUGGAGACCCCGAGUAAACCAGGAAAGAAAGCGAGUGGAGGGAGUAAGUUGAAAUUGAGUACUGAUGCAAGUAGCGAUGAGGAAGCGGAAGAUGAGCCUCCGAAGACGACGUUGCAGGAAGAACAGCAGACUGGCAAGAUGCAUGAAUCGCCAAGAGAUGCUAAAUCCAACUCGCUGCCGCCUAGCAAGUCGGCGAGUGGGAAGACAGAGAGGAUGGAUUUGCAUGAUGACUAG